AAAAAUUAAUGAAAAGAAUUCUUAAUCUUUAUAAGUAUUCUGUGCAAUAAAGUCAGCAAUUGAUUUUGGUCGACUUUAAUGACAAACUCUAAAGUAUAUAUUAAUCUUUAAUGUUUUUUAAGAACCUAUGGAUAAAUGGCUGGCUCAUUCAACGAAUUACAUUUUUAAUCAACAAUCCUACCCUCAUCGAGCCUUUAGUUUAUUUUUGUUUGAUUAAAAUUACAAAUUACUCCUACAACAACGUAGUAAUGCCAAAAAGACAUUUCCCUUAUUGUGGGCUAAUACCUGUUGUAGCCACUAAUUGUAUCACGAAAACGAGGACGAUAAUGUCACGAAAUACCGACGCAGUGAUUUUUACGUGAGAAAAAGAACUCAAGAAGAAUUAAAUUUUGAUCUCAAGGACACACCUAUUGAGUUGGUCUAAAAAAUUAUAUAUUCUGCUAAAGAUAAUGAAGAAUUUGGAGAAUAUGAAUGUAUUACUAAUAUUUAUUUCAAGUGGAUUAUAUUUAUUUUGCGAAAAUUCAAUAAGACUAGCCAAGGAUUAAUGGAAAUCCACAGGAAAUUUAAGAUUGCAAAUGGGUAUCCUUAGAUGAGUUUGACUAAUUUUCAAAACAUAACAAAGUAAGUGUUUGUUUAAAAAAUAUAGAAAUCAUUCACACCUUGGUUUAACUUGAUUAAUGACUCACACCUUCUGAAUUGGUGGAAAAAAUUUAAAUAGAAUGACUAAAGCUUCAUAAUACCAGAAAAAAUUGAGAAAUUGAAUUGAAUAACAAUUAUAUAUAUAUAUUAAUC